CUCGGUCUCUCGAGUCUGCUUCUUGCUAUCGUGCAACGCCCUAUCCUGUCGUUCGCUUCCAUCGCCAGGCGCCGCCUCUUCGCCGCCACUGCUGCUUCAUGGUCUCGGCGGGCGGUCAACGCUCGCAGGACGUCGUCAUCCUCACGCGCCAGCUCUCACAGCCGUUUUUGUGUUUGUGUUGUUCCGCCCGGCAAGUCUGAGCCAUUUUUCUCCAUGCCCACAUUACGCAGCAUACUUGCCUCCUCGCGAAGCGCAUCCGUCAAGGACGUCGCCACUGACAUCUGCCCGGCCGACUGGGCGUCGACCACGUCGUCCAUGGAGACCGACGCCGCUUCAAGUUCGGGUCCCGCAACUGCGGCCGUGUCUGGUUUCCGCAACCGCGCAAAGCGACUGGGCCAACAUUGGGUCAUCCGCAUCGUCCCCCUCUUCUCCAUCGGUCCAACCGUCCGCACCUUCGGCGCCGCACUGUUAAGCAAACGCCUGCCUCACCUCUGCCCGGGUCUGGGACGCCGUCAACGCUCCUGGCGUCGGUCUGCAUCUCGCACAAACCUUGAGCAGCCAGGUUUGCUGCAUGGCCACGUGCACGGACGUGAUAUUCCCAAUAUUCCCUUGGUCGAUCACCCCGAGAUCCUUCUCGGGGAGGGGGAUGGUCUGCGAAAGCCAACCUCCACAGAUGCACGGGACCUGCUCCACGGACACGGGGGUCCAUUCACGACGGGGAGCGCGAGGAUCGUAAAGGAAUGGGAAAGAAGUGUUAGUGCCGCUCCGGGCCGUCCCCAGAGCGUGUCGGAGGCCUCGGGAGGCCCAUGGACAGGACCAGCAGCGUGCAGAGGCCUCGACCCGCGAGGAUCGCGGGCAAGACGUCACUUGGCAGGUGGAGGGUACUUCCCCUCUCCCCCAGAGGGACAGGCCUCCCCGUCCCUGGCGAUGGGAUUCGUCAUGGAGACGAUGCCCGUGGACUCCUCGCAGGCAUCCGUCUGCGACUUCUGUAAGCCGUGCGAGAAAUGUCUUCAGGACGAGGAGCUGAACAGCAUCUGCUCGCAGUUCCCGGGCAUGAGCCUGGGGGGAUGCAUCAUGGUGCUGCAGCAGUGCCACUUAUUCAACGAGGGGGAGGAUGGCGCAGAGUGCGUGCAGAAGAAGUUCAAUGAGAUCAUGCGCGUCUCGCAGUACUUCGGGUCAAUGGCUGCACCGCGUUGGUUUCUCGGCAUGGGGUGGGUAUUUGGCCGCCGCAUCGUAGACUACAUCUGGCGGAAUGUCGAGAACUUGAAGAAGCGGGGAGCGGCGGACGUUCAGUUAGGCUUCUGGUUGGCCCCCCUCGAGGAUGUGCACUGGGUGGACAUGAAGGGCGGCUACUUCCACGACUACCCAAUGCCUGGAAGCACGUUCUCCGCUGGCUGCACCGAGAGAUCAACUCUGGUUCACCGCAUGGACGCGGAGCGCUGGAAGGGCUUCGACCCCGAGACAUGCGAGCUGCGCUGCCCCGCCUCGGCUGCUGGCUGACGCUGGAAGCGCGCGCCGGCCGCGCACCGGGGCCUGCGCGCGCGCUGGGGCCCGCGCGAAAGCUGGAAG